AUGGCGGAUCCCGGGCGGCCGCAGCGGAAGCUGUCCCGGGUCGGGGAGAGCCUCUACCGGGUCCUCGGCCUGCAGAAGGGCAGCUCCCCCGAGGAGAUCAAGCGGGCCUACAGGAAGCUGGCCCUUAAGUACCACCCGGACAAGAACCCCGACGACCCGUCUGCUGCCGAGCGCUUCAAGGAGAUCAACAGCGCCCACGCCACACUGAGCGAUGAGGACAAGCGCCGGCUCUAUGACCAGUACGGCUCCCUGGGGCUCUACGUGGCCGAGCAGUUCGGGGACGAUGCCGUUAAGCACUACUUCCUCAUGUCCAAGUGGUGGUUCCGGGCCUUGGCCCUGUGUUGUGGUGUUCUCACCUGCUGCUGCUGCUGCUGUUGCUGCUUCUUCUGCUGCGGGACAUGUUGCCCGCCAAAGGAGGAUGAGUCCUACAAGUACGUUGACCCCAAGGACCUGGAGGCACAGAUGCACGCAGAGGACAGUGGUGACAUUUCUCUUCCAGGUCAGCAGAUACCCAUGGUGUCACAGCCCCACCCUGCCAGUGUAGAGCCGUUGCCAGCUGUCAGUGCCAGGACUGAUGCCUGAGGCUGGCUUUGGUCCUGCCAUCUCCUCCAGGACUCCUCCUUUAGGACUGUCACUUUCUGGGACCCCCGUCACACCACCAGCACUGGCUCGCCAGUGUCACGGUGGUUAGAAUCUCAGGUUAUUUUAGCCAGAAUCAAUGCAGGGGCUCUUCUGGCCCUGCUCAAGCUCUGGGGCAAUGCCUCUGUCACCCAGCAUUGGUAGUGGAGGUAGCCUGGAGCCUGCGCUGCUGCACCCCAUCCCCUGUGCCUCCUCGCCUGCUGCU